CAGGGAUAGGCGCUGGACUUUGCGGCACAUUGGAUUCUUUCUCCAUGUCCAAACAACGGUCGAUCGUGUCAAAUUCCGACGUUAACACUUCACCACUGACAAAAAACAUACGAAUCAUUCUCUCUCCCCGUCUUUCUCUCUCUCACGAAUGCGUUGGGACCUUUUUAGCUUUUCUAUGCUCUGUCUGGCAUAUUCUGCACUGAUACUCCGCAAUCGGUAGGAAAAGGUGACCACUUUCUCGUGAUUUCUUUUCACUUUAAUCAAACUUUUCCUAGCCCAAAAUGGCCGAUGAACCAACCCUUCAACCGCCCUACACGGCUGAGCCACAAACUCCGCCGCCACUACAUGAGGAGGAACCGCCUCUUGCUUCUCUAGACCUACCGCCAACUCUUCCGGUGGAGCCCCAGCACCAUGCUGCUGUUACAGUUGUUGAGAGAGAGACCCCUCUUGAUGCAGAGCCGCUGCCGCCGGAACCGUCCGCGGCUGCAGAGAGCGUUUCCGUCACUGUACAUCAAGAAAAAGACGAACAACCUCCGCCGGCGGCGGACGUAGGGGCCCCAGAACCGGCAACGUCGAAGCCGGCAGAAGUAAAAAAAGGGCCGGGAUCUUUCGUUUCAUUCAAGGAAGAGAGUAACAUAGUCUCAGAUCUCUCCGAUUCCCAGACGAAAGCACUCGAGGAGUUCAAAAACCUAGUACAAGAAGCUCUUAAAGAUCGCAUUUUUUUGAAGCCCUCCCAGGAAUCCUCUCCAUCGGAAGUCUCGAAUUGGCCUCAAGAAGUAUCACUCUGGGGAAUCCCACUCCUGAAAGAUGAGCGGAGCGAUGUGAUUCUGCUGAAAUUCCUCAGAGCUCGUGAUUUCAAGGUGAAGGAAUCGUUUUCGAUGCUAAAGAACACUAUAAGUUGGAGGAAAGAGUUCAAGAUCGAUGAAGUUGUGGAAGAGGAUCUGGGAGAUGAUCUUGACAAGGCUGUCUUUAUGCACGGGUACGACAAGGAUGGCCAUCCUGUUUGCUACAAUGUGUAUGGAGAGUUUCAGAACAAGGAGCUGUAUAACAAAACAUUUGCUGAUGUGGAGAAGAGGUCAAAAUUCCUGAGAUGGCGGAUUCAGUUCCUGGAGAAGAGUAUAAGAGAACUGGAUUUCUUUCCCGGUGGGAUUAAUACUGUCUUUCAGGUCAGUGAUCUUAAGAAUUCACCUGGACCAGGGAAACGUGAGCUUCGCAUUGCCACUAGGCAGGCCCUCCAUCUACUUCAAGACAAUUAUCCUGAGUUUGUGGCAAAGCAGGUGUUCAUAAAUGUCCCAUGGUGGUAUAUGGCUUUUUAUACAAUGAUUGGUCCAUUCUUGACUCAGAGGACCAAAAGCAAGUUUGUGUUUGCCAGCCCAGCAAGGACUGCAGAAACCCUUUUCAAGUACAUUGCUCCUGAACAAGUGCCAAUUCAAUAUGGGGGCCUUAAUGUAGAUUCUUGUGAAUGCAACCCAGAUUUCACUGCUGAUCAUCCAGCUACUGAGAUAACUGUUAAACCCGCAACGAAGCAAACUGUGGAAAUCAUUGUAAAUGAGAAGUGCAUCAUUGUAUGGGAGCUACGUGUAUUGGGGUGGGAGGUAACUUACAGUGCUGAAUUUGUGCCAAGUACGGAAGGUAGCUACACCAUAAACAUACAAAAGCCCAGGAAGAUGGCACCGACCGACGAGCCUGUAGUUUCCAGCAGCUUCAAGAUAAGUGAGCUUGGUAAGAUACUGCUUACGAUCGAUAACCCGACAUCUAAGAAGAAGCACCUCCUUUACAGGUUCAAGGACAUUCCUUUCUCUGAUUGAGAGGAUCCUUGUUAUGGAGCAUGUGGUAAAAUGCAUUUGAGAUCUAUGUCUAUUGCAUAACUCCAUCAGUGUUCAUCCACAUGCAUGGUUCUUUCGUCUUUGGAUCUUAUGUGUAACAGCAUAUGAAAAGGACAGGAUCUGGGGGGCAGGGGAGAUGAUGAUUAUUUGGAUAAGCAGGGCGGCAGGGUACAUAGGCUGAGAGAGGUUUGUUUGAUCUACAAUGUGCUGUUGUGUAUGGUUGCAUUCUGCUGUAUUUUGUUUCUUUAUUUUAAUGUUUUUGGGAACAUUUUGACACUUGUGUAUUAUGCUAGUUUUGUGCUCAAUAUACGAUUGAAUAUUUCUUGUGUGAUUCCAAUUCAUGGAGUAGGAUUAGGGUUGGACUUGGGUCGAGCCGGGUCGUUCCCAGGCCCGGCGGGUCGUGG